AUGAGGAAUUCCCUCCUGAUCCUGUGUGCUCUUGUCGUGGCCGUCGCGUUGGCAGAAGCAGAGCGAGAGAGCGCCCGUGUCGAACGGGGAUAUGGCUACGCUAAACGUGAGGCUCUAAAGGAAGGAGCCCGUUUUGAGAGAGGAUACGGAUACGCCAAACGAGACACCGAUCGUGUGGAGAGGGGAUACGGCUACAGACUCAAACGAGAGACACCAGAAGAGGGUGCUCGAAUCGAGAGAGGUUACGGCUACGCUAAACGAGAGACACCAGAAGAAGGUGCUGCUCGAAUCGAGAGAGGUUACGGAUACGCAAAGAGAGAGACACCAGAAGAAGGUGCUGCUCGAGUCGAGAGAGGUUACGGAUACGCAAAGAGAGAGACACCAGAAGAAGGUGCUGCUCGAGUCGAGAGAGGUUACGGAUACGCAAAGAGAGAGGCACCAGAAGAAGGCGCUGCUCGAGUCGAGAGAGGUUACGGAUACGCUAAACGAGAAACGCCAGAAGAGGGUGCUCGAAUCGAGAGAGGUUACGGCUACGCUAAACGAGAGGCACCAGAAGAAGGCGCUGCUCGAGUCGAGAGAGGUUACGGAUACGCAAAGAGAGAGGCACCAGAAGAAGGCGCUGCUCGAGUCGAGAGAGGUUACGGAUACGCAAAGAGAGACGCCGAUCGUGUCGAGCGAGGCUACGGAUACGCGGCU